AUGUUCAGAAAAUUAUUUUGUGGGUUUUGUAAUUAAGUGCAAUCGAUAAGCACUUUUUAUUAAUUGCAAAAUAUCAUGAAUCCACCUACUCCUGAAAAUUAUCAAAGAUUGUUACUCACAGUUUAAUAGUUGAUUCAAUCUAAACCUAUUAAUUGGAAAUUUGUGCAUAGACUUUAAUAAUUGCAAGAAUAAUUUAAUUUAGAAUUAGAUAUGCCAUAUCUACUUUCAAAGAUUAAAGAUCAACCUAUUGAUCCCUAAAAGCAAUAAUUUGUGAUUGAUAUCAUGUAAUAAUAUUUUACUACAGAUCAAGAAUUAUUUAAGGAUCUAUUUAAUUAAUUAUUAAGAAUGGAUAAUUUACUCUUUUCAACUUAAUUAAAAAUGUUGUAGACAUAUUUUUAAUAUCCAGAAUUCUUUGAUUAAGAUAAAGUAUUACCAAAUUUAAUAUAAAAUAUGAUUACUUAAAAUGAUUUGGAAGCUUAUGAUUUAGUAAAUGCAUUUUAAGUAUUUACAUUUAAUUAUCCCUAAUUAACUGAAUAGAAUAGAUAAUUGCUUAAUGAUCUAAAGAAUUAAAUGAAUCAAUAAAUAAUAAAAAUAAUUCCAGCUUUAGGAUAAAAAUAAUAUAGAUAAUUGUUACAUAUUUUGAGAUCUAAUGAUUAUCAAAAUGAAGAAUUAAAAUAAGCUGUGUUCUAAUAUUUCUAUGAAAAUAAAGAUAUCCUUGGAUAAACUUCAUUAAUAGAAUUGUUAAAUCUAUGCAAUCUUAAAUUCUAUUUUAAUGAAGAACUCAAAUAUUAAAUUUUAUUGUAUAUCAAUUUAUUGAAAGUAAAAGGAAUAAAUGAAUCAAAAUUAAUCAACAAAUUUGUGUUGCCAUCAGUAAUACUUUAUAGUUGACUAUUAGAUAUCUAUAGCUGAACAAGAGAUGAUGGCAAAUCUUAUAACUUUGUCAGGUAUACAGUUAGAUAAGGAGUAUAUAAAUACUCAUUAUACAGGUAGUAAUUCUUAGAAAAGAGAAAAACUUGAAUAACUUGAAAAUAAGGAUCAGGAAAUAUAAUAAAUGGUUAAAGAAUUAUUGAAAUAUAUAGAUGGUUAAUUUAAUUCAUUCUUAAAGUAAUUAUUAUUGAUAUUUUUAGUGUUAUAAGAAUAAUUUAAACUUUUGGUUUAUCACUCCCAGAAUUACUUUAACCUAUGAUGGAAGAAUUAAAAAAAAUAUUAGUUAAACAAAUUGUUAAUCCAACUGAUCUAUUAGCAAUAUUGAAUUAUUUUGAUGAUUGCAACAUAUUAUUUGAUUAAGAAGAUUCUAAAGGAAUUUAACAUUUCUAAAAUUAUUUAAAUUAAGAUUUCUUUUCUUAUUAGAAAAUUCAUUAUUUAUAAAGAUAAUUUGCCUACAAAAAGAAUUAAAAUUAAAUACGUUAAUUAUUAGACAAGAGUUAUAACAGUGGUUGGACAUUAGAAUUGUGUUCAAGAUAAGCAUUGAUCUAUGAUUAUUAUAAUAUACCAUUAACUAAGGCUUUUCAUGAUAAAUUUUAAUCAGUUAUUGAAGAUUAUGUUUUAAAAAAAAGAACUCCUUUUGAUUAACUAGUAUUUUUUAAGUAAAUUGUAAUAGCUAAUUGGACUAAACAUCUUAAAUAGGAAUAUAAAAAUUAUUAUAAUGAAGGAUAGAAUGGAAUUUAGAGAAUGAGAAGAGAAAAAACUAAGAAUUUAGAUUAAUCUUCAUUUCUUGAAUAAGAAAUAAAAAAUGAUAUAUUACAGUAUAUGCCGAAUACAUUUAAAUUAUUAUCUAAUUAAUAUGUUAAUGGGACAGAAAUUGAUUUCAUAAUUAUAAAUUAAAAAGGAGAAAAAUUAUAUAUCUAAAUUCAUGGUCAGACUCAUUUUUAUCAUGCAUCUAAUAUCUACAAUUACUAAACAUAAUUAGAAACAUUUUAUUUAGAAAAAUUAGGUAAUUAUAGGGCUAUUCAUUUUUAUUAAACAGAAACAUUGUGGAAACAUCAAAAAGAAUAAGCAGUUCAAAAAUUAUUAAGUUGUUUAAUGUGA